AGGAACAUGUGUGCCACCAAAGGUCCGCCUCUAAAAGUGCACUGUUAACACAAAGCGUGGAAGUGGGAGGUGAUAGGAAAAGCAGAUUUCCUGUUGUUGGGGAGUCAGAACGACAGGAGAGAGUGAGAUUGAGAGAGAGGGGGCACGACAGAGGGAUACAGAGAACAACCAAAGUUAUUACAGGGUAAAAUGGGAAUAGCAGCCAUCCUAGUCAUCGUCUUGUGUAUGUGUUCACUCAGCUUGACUGAUCUGGACAGCGGCACCAAAGAUGGAGAUCCUUUCGAUGCAACACCAACUGAGAACCCAGAGACUCAGAGGAAACAGGCAAGAGAAGACUUAACGGAGGAGCAAGAGCCCAGUCCUGUCUCAGACUUUGACAACACAUACAACUAUAUUUUGUCCAGGCUGGCAGCAAUGGAUCAGGCCAUCCACAGACUGAAUGUCGGCCAAUACACCCUGGACGUGAAGGUGACCCAACUGUUGGACAGAGUGUCCCGGCUGGACGGCACCCUCGGGGAGGUAGAGGAGACCAUGCAACAGAUAUCGCUCCUCACGAAAGAAAACCGCAAGGAGAUUGGCCGCUUGGAGGGAUGUCAGAAGGGCCGACGGGUGGGGUAUAAGUGCUAUCUGGUCUACCGCACAUACGAGACAUAUGCAGGGGCAGCCCAGAAGUGCCUGGAGCGGGGUGGAAGGAUGGCCAUGCCUCGAGACAGGAAGGAACAGGAAGCCCUGGCAGACUACGUCAAGGCUUUCUUUCAGCCAGGGAACUGGCCUGUGUGGCUGGGCAUCAAUGACCUGCGCUCUGAGGGACUCUACCUGUUUGAGGACAACACACGUGUCACCUACUUCCAGUGGCGCAAGCACUUCCUCUCCAGCCAGCCGGACGGAGGCAAGCGGGAGAACUGUGUGGCCAUGGCGUCAGAUGAUGGGGACUGGUGGGACAACUAUUGUGACAGGAAUAUGUCUUACCUCUGUGAGUUUGAUGCCUAAUCCUUUUCUUCAAACUUUUGACAAGUAUCUGACAUUUCAGAAACACAAAUCCAGCCAAGCUUGACAAAAAUGUACCUAGUAGAUAAUCUAUCAUGAGUAGUUGUCUAUCUUGUUAUAUAGUAAAAUCUUUUGUUUUUUUGUUUAAAAAGCAAUAGGGGAUGUCAUUGAUCCACAAAGAAGUGGGUUGUAAUCUAUAUAUCAUACUGUUCAAUACUCAAGAACAUUUUAGUUUACUAGCUGAUGGUGCUUGUGUUGAAUAAUAAUCCAUAACACAUUUAACAUACUGUUAAAAAAUAGAAAACAGUAUCAAACCCAUGGCCUAACAUACUGCACAGACAGACAGUGCUCAUCUUAGUCCACACUGAAAAAAUAAAUAUAUACGUAAUUUAUUACUCACUCUAAGCUAUGCAAAUCUCUUUAGCUGAAUACGGAAUACUUUGGAUCGAAUAUUUAAUCUAAAAUUGGAUUAUCAAAAUAUUUAUUCAGUUUAUCAUGAUUAAAAGCAUACCAUGUUAUUACUGUACUUUUUCCCAGUUAAUGUAAACAGCAUAGUUCCAGGACAAAUAUUGGGCAAUAAAAUAUUUGAAAAUACUCGGUCACAGUAUCAUGAUCGGAUUUGUUUUACUCAUAAAGUCAGUGAUUAUCCUUAAAGGGGCAGUGCAGUCAAAAACUUGAUUUCCAGUGUUUAUUUUACACAGUGUACAAAACGUUAAGAACACUGUCCUAAUAUUGAGUUAAACUCAAUUGUCUCAAGGCUUAAAAAUCAUUCUUUAACCUUUCUCCUCCCCUUCAUCUACACUGAUUGAAGUGGAUUUAACAAGUGACAUCAAUAAGGGAUCAUAGCUUUCACCUGAAUUAACCUGGUCAGUCUAUCAUGGAAAGAGCAUAAUGCUUUGUACACUCAGUUUAUAUUUCCAUACUAUGAGGUUGCAAUAAUACUUUGAAAUUGUAACAUCACCAGGUGGUAUAAGUUAAUUAAGUGAUAAAUCCCGUGAUAAUGUGAUAAUGGCACGGGUGUUGUCAGGCCUGAGACGAACCGUGCCAAUAUAUCAUCCAAAACACCAGCUUCGAGCGGCUGGUUGGUCGUUCGUUCUAUUGGUUCGGUUGCCAGAGAUGCGACCCAGUCGUUCAGUCUUUUGUUCUGUAUCUAUGGACGCAACUCAGUCGUUCGUUCUAAAUGUUCCAUUGCCAUACUGGCUGGCAAUGUUCUUUAAAAAAUAAAAAAUGAAAAUGUUAUUUAACCUUUAAUCAUGCAAGUCAGUAAAGAACAAAUUCUUAUUUACAACUCUCAUUAGGCUCCUCCAAUUAGGCCCCUCUCUCAGACAGUCCUAGCUAAAUUCUUGCUUGAGAAAUUGCAGUUUGCUAAGAAGCUAUUUUGUUUUCAAUUAAAAUGGUCAAAAAUAAUCACAGUAAAUUACUUAAUUGUUACCCAGAAAUGAUUUAAUAUUCAGAUAAAAAUGGCUGCAAUGGACCUUCAAAAAUCCUUGAGAUCUGAAUUAAUUUAAUAAAAAGUUAGAACAUUAGAAUUGAAAAAUAUAAAAUUCAGUCAGGAAUAAUAGCACUAGCGCAGCACUGAUCCCGCAGCAGGAAUGGUGAUUGUUCUUGGCUUGUGAGUUCCAUUCAGACACUGCUCUUCAUGAGGUCAUAAGCUUGAGCCGUGUCUUCAUCCACACAAGCCAAGGAGGUGCCCUUCCAAUGAGGGGUCAGUGCCAUGUCCACUCAGAUGGAGCGAGUCACUACUACAUUAUAAGCUAGUAGGAUGGCCACCAGACGAGAUGGUAGCCACCAUCUGUGUUACUUCAGGCUUGUCCAUUGGAUUCUUGCAGGGAUGAGAGAGGAUCACUUUCCCGUCUUCAUUCAGGACAAAGUUAGCGCCCAUCUGAAAUCACAUCAAAAACUGAAUUAUAAUGAGGACAUGGAUUAUACAAACCUAUCCCAAAAUAAUUGGGCAUUGUAUAAAUAAUUUUCUUCAUAGAAAGAGGAAAUAUUAUUUUGUGUAUUUAAUGUAUACUGUAUCUUAAGUAGGAGGUCAUUAAUCCAAAUAAAAGUUGUAAUUUUAUUUCGGACAAAAUCUUCAAUGGAACCUGCAGAAUAACAAAUAAACAAUGUAGCUGAU